CACGUGCCGCUGGCUCACGUGACCGGAACUGCUACCGGGGGGGGGGAGUGGCGGCGUGGUGGCUGCUCAACAUCAACAACAGCAACAACAACAACAGCAGCAACAACAACAACAACAGCAGCAGCAACAACAGCAACAACAACAUCAGCAGCGACAACAGCGGCAGCCGGUCGCGACGACAGCGCAGCAGAAGCAGCAGCAGUUGCGAGAGGGGGUGGAGGAGUCAAUGGAGGCCACCAAAGAGAUGAAGAGGGAGGAGGAGGAAGAGGAGGAGGCCUUCUACCUGGAGCUGGGGCCCAACCCGGUCCGCUUUGAGGAGAUCUCCACCAUCAACAACGUCUUCUUUGACGAGGCCAACAAACAGGUGUUCGCCGUGCGUGCCAGCGGAGCCAUUGGUGUGGUGGUGCGAGGCCUCGAUGAGAAAAUUACCAUCAACUUCCGACUUGAGGACAAAGGGGAGAUUAAGUCCAUCAAGUUUUCUGUUGGGAACAAAAUUCUGGCAGUGCAGAGGACGCCCAAAUCUGUGGAGUUCAUUAACUUCAUCCCGGACCUGAGUAGUUCCGAGUAUUCGCAGGAAUGCAAGACGAGGAACGCCAAGGUGACAGGAUUUUGCUGGACCAGCGCCUACGAGAUCGUCUUUGUCACCGACUUUAGCCUCGAGUUUUACCAGGUCCUCCCAGAGAAACGCUCGCUCAAGCUGCUCAAGAGCCAGAGCCUCAACGUGAACUGGUUCGUGUACUGCCCAGACAGCAGCGUGGUGCUGGCCUCCACCACCGUGCUGGGCAACGUCAUCCAACCCUACCACUUCAAGCCGGGUUCCAUGACGAAGCUGAGCAAGUUCGAGGUGGAGGUGCCGCUGGUGCCCAAGCCCGCCAAGCUGUGCCUGCAAGAGCGAGACAUCUCCAUGGCCUCCAUAUACGGGCAGCUGUUUGUGGCCGUGCUGCGACACACGGUGCGCACGACGGCGCAGCCCGGCGCCGAGGUGCUACUCUACCACCUGCCCAAGGACGGGCCGUGCCGCAAGCAGCACGUGCUGAAGCUCAACACGACGGGGCGCUUCGCGGUCAACGUGGUGGACAACCUCUUCAUCGUCCACCACCAGACCUCCAAGACGUCCUUGGUUUUCGACAUCCGGAUGGGGAAGGAGUUUGACGGCCACGUCAACAUUCACUACCCGGUGCUGCCGCCGGCAUCCAUCCGCCCCUAUGCCCUGCAGAGUCGCGCCGGUCCCACGGCAGCACUGGCGCCCGCACCGAUCCCGUUUGAGCUGUACUCUUCCAGCUGGAUUGUGUUCCAGCCCAACAUCAUCAUUGACGCCAAACUCGGCUGCCUGUGCACACUGCAGCUGUGCCUGGAGCCCGUGCUCGACGCGUUCUCCGACCGCUCGCGUCUCAUGGAGUUCCUGCUGCAGCGGCGCGAGUGCCGCUCCGUCAUGCUCACCGUGUGCCGCCAGUUGCUGUACGCGGCGCGGCAGGAGAGUCUGCCCACGGUGGCCGCCGUGUUUGACAAACUCAACCAGGUUUACCACGAAUGGCUCAGCACAGAGCUCGCCUACCAGCAGGCUUUGGAGUCUGGCCAGUACAAAGGCUCCUCUCAACUGAGCCGGCACCAGCAGAAGCAGUCGGUGAUCGACCAGUCCACCAUGUACACGCACGUGCUGUCAGCCUUCACCGAGAAGCGGGAAAUCUCGUACAAGUUCAUCGUCGCGGUGCUCAUGGAGUACAUCCGCUCACUCAACCAAGCGCAGAUAACCGUGCAGCACUACCUGUACGAGCUCGUGAUCAACACGCUGGUGCAGAACAACCGCUUCUACCAGCUGCACCAGCUGCUGCAGUACCACGUGCUCAGCGACUCGAAGCCGCUGGCCUGCCUAAUGCUCUCCUUGGAGAGCAUCUAUCCACCCGCUCAUCAGCUGGCCUUGGACAUGCUCAAGCGGCUGGGAACUGCGAACGACGAGAUCGUCGAGGUGCUGCUGUCGAGGCAGCAGGUGCUGGGCGCCGUGCGCUUUGUGCGCGCCGCGGGCAGCCAGGACGGCGCGUCGGCGCGCAAGUUCCUGGAGGCGGCGCGCGCGACGGAGGACGGCGCGCUCUUCUUCACCGUCUUCCGCUUCUUCCAGCAGCGCAACGCUCGCCUGCGCGGCAACCCUCGCUUCAGCCCCGGCGAACACUGCGAGGAGUACGUGCAGCAUUUCGUGGAGCUGUUCGGCAACGAAGCAUUGGCCCUGUGCACGUGAAGUCCCCUCCCAUCCCUCCAUCUGAACCCCCCCUCCCAGACUCCUGCAGACAGUGUUCUCAAAGUGUCAUGAUGUUCAAAUCAGCAGUAACCUGCUGCUGUAGAUUGUGUCGGUAAACAAGAGGUGGCGGAAAGUUUCGGAUGGUCCACAAUUGCAGUGGCAGAGCUGCUGAACCAGCACCGAUGAGAUCCUGGGCUCAGGCCCCAGUGGUUUGGUGUCUUUGCGCUCUCUCACAAGAGCUUCAUAGUGGUCAUGUCGGAGACACAGCCAGAACCACCGAGAGCUUGGUUACGAAUAUGGGUUUUAGCAGCUCAACUGCGGGUGAAACCAGGUUCUCGGGUGUCACGCAUUUGAUGUCUCAGCCAAGUGACCAACAGUUGUACAAAAUGUAAUUUUAAAUACAAUUAUAAUAAGUUCUUUCUCUAAAAGCCACGACCCAAGAGCAUCUCCUGUAGAUCUUCUUGGUUCUUUCGGUAAAGUCACGUAGAAGGGAGAUAAUAAAAUAAUAGAAAUAAAACAUAAUAUUUAUGAUUUUAUUAUGUUUUAUUUUUAUUAUUUUAUUAUCUCCCUUCUACGUGACUUUACUGAAAGAACCAAAAAGAUGAAUCCCUGCAGUCACGAAAGCUUUAAAUCGAAAUCUCCCUUAGAUGUUUACUGAGAUAAGAGCUCUUGUAGAUAUGUACCGAGAUAAGUCGUUGCUUUUUUUUAGUUUCAUUGCCCCCUUGAUUCAGCCGCUCUACCAAGGCCCAGGACUGAACUGUGUUGAUUUUUUUUGUGGUUGACUGACAGGCGGGGGAACCCGCCCACUGUGCAGUGCGGAUGAAGCACCGUCCGAGCGUUGGGUGGGAGAGGCCUUUUGAAGGCCAGACACCUCCGAGUAGCGCUCAGACCUUUGUCGGUUUGCGAAAUCAUGCGCGCUGCAAGUUAUUAUUAUUAUGGAAGUGUGGUUUAGUCUUUCGGGACAAGUUCCCUGACCCACUGACCUGACGAUCCUCUGCCAGUCCAGAGGUCUGCUGCUACCGUAACUUAAUGGAGCAAAUAACGUAAAGUUUGAUUGAGUUGUCUACGAGACAUUUAAAAAAAUAAAUUAUUGCCAUUUAUUUGCGAGACGUGCAAUAUUGUACGAAAAAAACGAGCGUCACGAACGCUCGCUAAUGUGCAACGGUGACGUAAUAAAAUGCGGCGAGGGUGCACAGUUCGGAUUGCUCAAAUUUUGUACGCUUUUGAAUUUUAACGCAAAUAAAAAAUUGGCGUAGCCA